AUGGCCCAACCAACGGUAGCCCCUCGACCGGAUACCGUCGACCUCGGUGAUCUCGCAGACCUUCCCGCUGAGGUCCGUUUGAUGAUCUAUCAAGAGCUCAACGAUGCCGCUAGACACUCGCAAGUUUACCUGGCGUGCCGAACAGGAGGAGCUAACGACCAGCAAACCAAUCUUUUCUUGGUAAACGGGCACCCUCUCUCUUAUAUAACGAGAGCUCUAGUCUGGGAUGCAGAUGGAACUUAUCCAUUUGGAAUCAUACGAAACAACCGAUUGCCUCUCUUGGUUCAAGUUGACAUGUCGUCUUCAAACCCUCAUCACUCUCUGGCGGCCAUCUGCGCGGUCGUGAACGCUCAACCCGGAUUCCAGAACAAGAUCAAGCAUAUCAAGUUUAAGGGAUGGGAAUCAAUCUCCUUUCGGGGUCUUGUUCAAUUGAUAAUCGAUUGCGUAACCGAUCCUCAUAUCACCAGUGUACUUCAAAAUGACAAGUAUACCUGGAGCGAAUGCCAAUCUUAUCCCUUGGGAAGCAUGCUUACGCUAUUCUGGAAGGACGUGCUCCGUCUCGGCGGAGGUCUCCCAGUCCCUGACCCCGUUGAGUUCGUAGCUAAGCAGCUUUGGGCAUAUCUGAACCCCCCUGCUGUUCGUCCGACUGGCUUGGAGGAGGUAGCCAAGUGGGUAAGACAGAGGCAGAUCCGCGAGAGGAUGAACACUGGCUUUUUCUCAAGUCUGAAUGUGACCGAGGCACUUCAGAAAAGUUGA